AUGGCAAACGAGAGCGAGACGAGCGACGGCGGCGUCGUGGUAAAACUUCACCACGAAGAAGAGACCAAGAGCGACGACGAUGUCGUGGUGAAAGAUCACCACGACCACGAGAACGAGAGUGUCGUCGUGAUAAACGUGCUUCACCACGACUACGAUAACGAGAGCGUCGUGGCGAACGUGCAUCACCACGACCACGGGAGCGAGAUCGCCGUGGUAGAUAUGCAUCAUGACCACGAGAACGAAAGCGUCGUGAUGGAUCCACAUCACGACCACGUAAACGAGUGGUGUUCGCCAGCGUGGAGCGCCACGAAUAACUGCGGUCUCUAA